CUAUCAUCUCUUCAAUUAAAAAAAAGCUUUUGUCCUUUCUGUGAAGAUUCCAUUGUUACAAUUUUACAUACAUCAUCAUCUUUGCUAAACUCGUGAGCAACACGCCACUACAAUCUAUCUAUAGCAGUAAUAUAACAUAACCAUCUUUAAUACUAUACUUUCUAUAUUACGUUUCAAGUUCCACGUAACUAGUGUAAAGUCUCUCCUCUCUCUCUCUCUUACCUCCGCUGACUACAUGUUUGCUCCGACGGUGACGGCGACGGUGACGGAGAUUUUGAUGUAAUGACGGAGAAGUGAAGUUGUGAAAGCAAUUGACAAUGCCGGAGCUAGGGUUUCAGGAGUUUAGAUCGGGAAUAGGAAUUAGAAGUGUUCGUGAUGUUAGUCCGGACUCUGUUAUUUUCACCGGUGAUUCAAACUUCAGUCUUUUCUCCUCUGCUUCCGGCAGCGUUGACCGGUGCUCCUUUGCUUCCGAUGCUCACGAUCAGGAUUCUUCCGUUUCCGAUGCUUCUCAACAUUUGGCAGGGCAUGAAUGCCGUGAAGCUUUGGGUAGUACAGUUACAGAUCCAAACAAAGCCAUUGUACACAAGAAUAGUCACCUUGGCAGAAAAGAAAAAGCGAAAGUUCAAAAGUUAGAGAAGAACAGCGAGGUUGAGACAGAGGAUGAAAAUCUGUCUUUAGAUUCUGCUAGAAACUCUUUUUCUCAAGCUCUUAAAGAAUGUCAAGAUCGGAGAUUUAGGUCGGAAUUUCUACUGAAGAAACCAGAUAGGCGAAGACCGGCUUCACUAGAUCUAAACAAUGCUGUGAUUAACACCAGCCACUCUUGGUCUCCGCGUUUUGGAGUCAUGAAGAGAACCCCUGUUACAACUAGCCGAGCCGGUUCAUUUCCAAGUCCUAGAACGCCUAAUUAUCGCCAUUCCAGUGUUGGGGUUCAGAAAGGCUGGAGUUCAGAGCGUGUGCCAUUGCAUUCGGCAGCUAAUCGGAAGCAGCUUAAUACUGCAUUGCUGCCUUACAAUAAUGGAAGGACACUACCUUCCAAAUGGGAAGAUGCAGAGAGGUGGAUUUUUAGCCCGGUCUCAGGAGAUAGUUCUGUGAGAACUUCAUUGCAGCAGUCUCAGAGGCGGCCUAAAUCCAAAAGCGGGCCUCUUGGACCUCCUGGUCUAACUUACUAUUCAAUGUAUUCUCCAGCACCACCAGUUUUUAAGGGAGGAAAUGGUGGGAAUCUGUUAGCCAAUUCCCCUUUUUCAACUGGAGUGAUGGCAACUGAUGGUUUGUCAAUUCGAUGUGGAGGCAGCUUGGGCAGUGGAAACUUCCAUGCACUCACAGAGCCAUGCAUGGCAAGGUCAGUUAGUAUACACGGAUGCUCUGAGCUAGUCAGUUUAUCGACCUUGCCAAUUUCCCAAGAUGAGAGUGGAGAUGAUAUUCAAGAUACAGCCAAUGGUGUGUCACGAGUUAUCUCAAGGAGGGAUAUGGCCACUCAAAUGAGUCCCGAGGCAAGCCCUUCCUCAUCUCCAAUAAGACAGUCAUCCUUCUCCCCUUCAACUCCAUCUAUUCUACCACUUGUAGAAUUCCAGAGUAUCCCUUCUUCUAAAGCAGAAAUGAGAGAUGUUCCCAUUGAUGAGCGGGUUACAGUGACCAGGUGGUCAAAGAAACAGAUAGCUCGAAUUCCGGGUAGGAGCAUUGAAAGUGAUGACUGGAAAAGGAAGGCUGUAGAAAUCCGGUCUUCAGCUUGGGAUGUUUCAGACACAUCGAAAAGUAUUUCAAAGAUUAACAGGGAAGAAGCGAGAAUCACUGCAUGGGAGAACUUGCAAAAGGCAAAAGCAGAGGCAGCAAUGAGGAAAUUAGAGAUGAAACUUGAGAAAAAGAGAUCGUCAUCCAUGGAUAAAAUUAUGAACAAACUUAGAUCGGCACAGAGAAAAGCCCAAAAAAUGAGAAGCUCAAUGUUAGCCAACCAAUCACAUGAAGUAGCAAGAUCCUCCAGCAAGGCCUUGUCUUUCCGUAGGACUCGCCAAAUAGGAUCUUUGAGUGGCUGUUUUACAUGCCAUGCGUUUUGAUGUUACAACAAGCCUCUAUAUCAGUGAAAGUGAUCUGGAAAUGGAAUUUGUCAAGACGUGCUUUCUGGAAACCAAUGCUGUAGGGUGGUUGAAUCUUUUAGUUCCCUUUAACAAUGAUAUUAUGAUUUAAACAGUCAGAGGCAUGUAAGAUUCUAAAAACAUUUUCUUUGAUUCGAUCUGUAUGUAAUGAAUUUACCAAUAAUCCAUGAUUUUUUUAAAAAAAUUUUGCUUUGUG